UCAGUUGCAUGAAUUUUACUAACAUGGGCUUUCAUUUCUCUCUACAGAAUGAGAAGUUUUUGGCUUCACCUCAAACUGAGAACAGCCAUAUUUAUCUUUUUAAUACUGGCAUUUAUUAUAUGUUUUUUUACAAUCACUUUUUCAAGAGUAAAUAAAGGCGGAGGACAGAAAACUAGAGUUUCUGAGAGGCAACGGCUGACCGUACAGUAUGGCAUUAAUUGCACAGCAAUAUAUGAAAUGGAACCAGUGGAAGUGGGGAAAACUUUAGCCAUUCGCAAGCAAAAAACCUACGUAUCAGCAACUGACCAGACUAUCGCUGAUGCCACCACUGGUUGUGAUCAGUUUGCAUCACAGGGCUAUGAUGCGAUUCAAGGCACUGAAUUUGAGCGUGAAUUUCCUCUUGCUUACUCUUUGGUUGUUCACCACGAUGCAGCUCUUGUGGAGCGGAUGCUCAGGGCCAUUUAUAUGCCGCAUAACAUAUAUUGCAUACAUUAUGAUCUGAAGUCCUCAGCUGACUUUAUUUCAGCAAUGAAAGGUCUGGCCCGCUGCAUCCCCAACGUCUUCAUUGCCUCUAAACUGGAGAGGGUGCAGUAUGCAGGCAUCUCACGACUCAAAGCGGAUCUGAAUUGCCUGUCUAACCUGCUAGAUUCUGUGGUAAAGUGGAAGUAUGUCAUCAACCUGUGUGGUCAGGACUUUCCACUGCGGACAAACGCUGAGCUGGUGUCGGACCUGAAGGCGCUGAAAGGCAGGAACAUGGUGGAGAGCAAGCGGCCUGAAGGAAAGAAAUGGCGCUGGAGUGUUCAUCAUAUCCUGAAAAAUAACAAAUCUGAGUACUAUGAAACGCCUGUUACCACUUCUGAGGAGAAAUCUCCACCACCUUACAACAUUGAAAUGUUUGUGGGCAGCGCAUACUUUACUCUCUCAAGGGAAUUUGUGUUUUUUGUUCAAUGGAGUUUCCUAGCCAGUGAUUUCUUGGCUUGGUCUGAGGACACAUACUCACCUGACGAGCAUUUCUGGGCGACUCUGGUUCGUGUGCCUGGAGUACCAGGUGAGGUGCCAAGAUCUGAACCUGAGAUCUCAGAACUGAUAAGUAAAACUCGCCUAGUGAAGUGGUCCUAUUUAGAAGAGAAUCUUUACCCACCGUGCACUGGAGACCAUGUGCGAGGAGUGUGUAUUUAUGGUGCUGCUGAGCUCAGAUGGCUCCUAAACUAUGGCCACUGGUUUGCUAAUAAAGUAGAUCCAAAAGUGGAUCCUGUUCUUAUGGAAUGUUUAGAAGAGAUACUUUUAGAAAAGCGUCCAAAAUUGCAGUAAAAUUAUCUUAUUUUUAUACUGGUGAGACAUUUGCAUUGG